GGGUUCGUCUCAGUGUGUGUGUGUGGUGCUGAACUGGGUCAUGCGGACCACUGGAGGAGCGAAAGAUAAACACGCACCCUCCUCCCGCUGCUUGGCAGGUUGAGAUGGUGGGUGCUCAGAGGAGGGAUCCCAGCCUGUGUCCUCAUCUCAGCCUCCAGCAUCUGAUGAUGCUUUGAUUUAAUCCGCCUCCGAAGAAAGUCACAAACUGAAGAGCAUCUUCCAGAAACAGGACGGGAAUCUUCUCGGGCGAGCAGCAAAGCACAACGACGAAAUCUCAGCCGAGCUUUGUCAGCCGUGCAAGGUUUUUGAGAUUUUAUUUAAGGGACCUGGACAGUUAUUUUGUUCGUUUGUUUUUUGACAGCAGCUAUCGAUAACUUUGAAACGAGGAGAUCCAUUCAUCAGUUUCGUGCAGAUCAGAGCGGAGCAGAGCGCAGCAGCUCUGCUUUCCGAGCGGAUGCAGGACCAUGGAGGAGAGAGACAGGUCGCCAGCAGUCUGCCCCACAGCGUCAAGGCGAGCCUGUCUCUUUCUCCAUCCGGGCCGGGACGGGUUGGCAGCGGCGGGGGCUCACCUACAUCCAAGAUGGGGUACUGCGGAGGGGUGCCCGUGGAGGACAUGCAGGCCCUGGCUAUCACUUCUCUGUCGGCAGCAGAUGUAAACAAACAAUAUGAGCACAUCCGCGAGCUGGGGAAGGGCACAUAUGGCAAGGUGGACCUGGUGGCACACCGCACACAGGGCACCAAAAUGGCGCUGAAGUUCGUUACCAAGAAUAAGACGAAGCUCAAGAGUUUCCUGCGGGAGUACAGUCUAACAGGCUCACUUAGCUGCAGCCCUUUCAUUAUCAAAGUCCUGGACGUGCUCUUUGAGACGGAGGACAGUUACGUGUUUGGACAAGAAUAUGCCCCAGCUGGGGACCUUUUCGACAUCAUCCCCCCACAGGUGGGUCUGCCGGAGGAAAUGGUCAAACGCUGCAUGCAGCAACUGGGCUUGGCACUGGAUUUUAUGCACAGUAAAAAUUUGGUGCAUCGGGAUGUCAAACCUGAGAACGUGCUCCUGUUUGACCGUGAGUGCCGCCGCAUCAAACUGGCUGAUUUUGGUAUGACCCGACGCGUUGGCUGCCGUGUGAAGCGAGUGAGUGGCACCAUCCCCUAUACAGCGCCAGAGGUGUGCCGCGCCAGCCGUGCCGAGGGUUUCCUUGUGACCACCAGUCUAGAUGUGUGGGCGUUCGGCGUGCUUGUCUUUUGCAUGCUGACAGGCAAUUUCCCCUGGGAGGCGGCAUUGCCGGCCGAUGCCUUCUACGAGGAGUUUAGACGCUGGCAGAAAGCAGGGUGUCCUGUGGGGAUGUACCCGUCUCAGUGGCGCCGCUUCACUGACGAUGCUUUGCGCAUGUUUCAGAGGCUGCUCGCUGCUGAGCCGGAAAAACGCUGUGGAGUCAAAGACGUCUUCUGCUUUGUCAAGUACGAGCUGGUCAGCGAGCUAAGGCGUAGAGCUUCUUGUCGAGCCAAGAGAGGUGAGAGGUCAAGCUCGGGAGUGUGUACUGGCAGUUGCACGCCGUCCUCAUCCUCCACUUCAUCACGUUCCUCCCACAGACACCCCGAGCCCUCUACCCCUCCAGGAACAUCCUGCCUGCGCCCGGCACCACUCAAACGCAGCGUCCUGUCCGACCCGCUUUCUCCCAGAGAGGAGUCUGGGCAGCACCAGUCUCCAGGCCGAGACAAGAACAAAAGCCAGAUGGUGAUGGCAACUGCCAUUGAAAUCUGUGUGUGACCACACUAAUGUUAGCAGUGGAGACUAGAUGGCUUUUCACAGUAAUAACAAGCUGUGAAGAGGUGCUAAUGACUACCACAGAGACUCCAGUGAAAAAAGAGGGGUACUUUAACCAUGAAAGAGAAGCUCAGGAUCACAUCCCCGGCUGUGGAAAAUGGACAUCAUCAAUCAGCGGUACACACUCGGACAGCUUAUCACUGGCACACGCCGUUUAGGUUUUGAUUUGUGACCAAAGACUGCUUCCCAAGCUGAGAAGCCGUUUAAGAGUGGGCUCCUCUCAGCAGCUCAUUCUGCCAUCCAGACAUUUGUGUUAUCUGCCCAUUCACUGUGGUGGUGCUAAUGAUUCUAUAAUUAGAUUCUGUCUUUUUUCACUCAUCACUCGUCUCCCUACUUUUGUUUAUGUCAUGUCUCUUUAUUAGUGUUUAUUUAUCUUAGAAUAUAAAGCUGCAUUUCCAUCAAAGGAUUUCGGUAUAGUACCUUUGAAACCAAAAGUAACACCAAGAACAGGUACCUAGAACCUAGAUCUGUGCAGUGUUUCCGCCGCAGACAGUACUCUUACAUGUGGGCGAGGUUGUUGUCACUC